UGUCAUUGCUGCAAGUUCAAUUUCAAUAAAAAGAAUAUCUAGUUGAAUGAAAAACGGCUGCCUGGAAUUAAUAGUUAUGAGAAGAAGUCUGAUGUUCUGUUGUGUUCUGCACUUGGAAUUCUGUCUCAUUCUCCUGGUUCUACAUAAGCCCUUGGAGGCCGUGGAGUUUGUUCCACAGUGAUACAGAGGAGCUACUUUGGACCCAGGAAUAGCCACAAAGAUGUCUCAGUCAAUAAUUGCCGAAAAUUUAAGAGCGAGCCUUCAGCUUAACAAGUUCACUUCUCUAAAUAUAUUCCAGAAGACCAAGGAGAUGUUUCUCUCCCAGCUGUCAUCUUUGUCCAGUUCUCGCCACAUGCAUGAUGUCCAGCAUGAGAUUCAGUUAUUUACUGAGAUACAACUGGCUAAGAUGGAGAAAAUGUUUGAGGACAAUAUUGAUUCCCAUGGAGUUCUGGACAUGGAUACUUUUGUCAAGUCUGUGAAGAAGAUUAUGAAUGAUGUGCCAAGUGAGCUGCUGGAAGCACUAUUUCUGAAGGUGGACACAGACUGUAAAGGCUUCAUUACCUGGCAAAAGUAUGUGGAUUACAUGAUGCGGGAGUUCCGAGGAAAGGAGAAGAUGAGGAGGAGCCAGUACCGGCUGUACUUCCACCUCCCCAUGAAGAUCAUUCCCCAGAACCACGGGUGCGAGAUUGUGAAAGUGCUAUACUUUAUCCAGCGGUACAAGAAGAUAGGGCAUUUUCUGACUAUCACCAAAAAUGGGAUCCUGCAAGUCUGGACCGAGUCCUUCUUGCUGGUUAACUCCUAUCGGCUUAGCCAGCAGAUCCAUAGCCAGCAGAUGUGGGUUGUCGACAUGGUGUGUCUCCACAGCAUGAAUCUGAUUGCGAUUUCAUCUACUGACCAGAAAAUAGAGUUUUUUGAUGUUAGUAACUACAGGUGUGUCCGGGCCUUCACCUUCACUGACCUAGACAACUGUGUGCUGGUCAUGGACUACUGGUCUGACUAUCACAAAGGUGCAUUCUGCUUUGGGGACACCAAAGGCAACGUCAUUGUAUUUACCUCCGAAGAUGUGAACCAUGGGCUGUUCAACCCCCGGAUUCUCCCCAAGUCUUCAAUAUGGGAUCACAGCCACUGGAUCACUGUUUCUGUGCGGAAGCUCUUGAAUGAGAAGUCUACUACUGUAUAUAGAAGUUAUCGACUGAAGGCUCUCCAUUCCAACUGGUGUGAACAGGUCAAGUUCAUCCCCCAGAUGAACCUGGUGGCCUCCUGUUCUACUGUUAAGGAAUCUUCUCUGGUGCUGACAGUAUUGCCAUCCAAAAACAUUGAGAAUCCCAAGUUUUCGGUGCUGAAUAUAAGAAAAGGGAUUCUUUGCUUUGAUUACUGCCCAGACAAGAACUUCCUGGUUACUGGAGGCUAUGAUUCCUUCAUCCGUCUAUGGAACCCCUUCUUCUCAAAGAAGCCAGUGUGGCUGAUGAAGGGGCAUCAGUCGUCAGUAACACACAUCCUCGUGAACAGCAAGAAUAGCCACAUCCUCGUCAGUGUCUCCAAGGACAAGAAUAUCCGUGUGUGGGACAUGCUUGACUACGUAUGCCUGCAGUCCUUCUGCGGAAAGGUUUUCGCCUUGGGGAACUGCCCUAUCAUCAGCGCCUACUUCCACAAAGAGGACACCUUCAUCUGCAGCACCUAUUCAAUUGGGAUACUACAGGGAUACUCCAGAGGCCUCCAGGGGCCAGGGAAGGUAAGGGAGAAGACCAGGACUCACAGCACUCCCCUGUGCGCUAUCCUCUACAGCAAGAUCUUCAGGCAGGUGGUGAGCGGCUGCCUGAGUGGGGUGGUGAGUGUGUGGGAGAUCAUGACAGGCAGGCGGCUGAUGGAAUUCCCUGUGACCCACGACCUGUUUAUGGAGCUGACGGCCAUGUCCCUAGACGAGUCGGAGCGGUGCCUGCUCACCGGCCUGCGUGAUGGCACCGUCAAGAUGUGGAACUACAACAUCGGGGAGUGCGUGCUGACCUUCCCCAACCCCGACCGCCUGGAGAUUAGUGGAAUUAUCCAUAUGAACAAGGUGUUCUAUGUAACUGGAUGGAGUAAGAGAAUCACGUGUUUCAUGUUCCAUAAAACCAAGCCAGUGCUCUUGUGUCACCACUGGCAAACCUUCCACACGGAGGAUAUUCUGAGCAUGGCCAAGUACCAGAACCAGUUCCUCGGGACCUCCUCCUACAAUGGGGACAUCUUCUUCUGGAACAUCAACUCAAUCAGACCCAUCUUCAAACUCAAUGCCUCUGAGAGCGCUUUGCCCUUGAAGCCCAAAAGGGUGCAUGUGCAAGAAUCGAAGGCAUGCUUGAGCCAGAGCCCAAAGCUCAGCAGACCCCACGGGGAGAAGUGGGCUCACAAGUAUUUCUUGGAUCCCAGGAGCCUCAGUGUCAGUCCUGGGGCCAAUGCCAACCUGAGGCGGAACCUGAUGUCGGCCCCGCCAGUGAUGAGACACCCCAGCAACAAGGAGCCAGAUGUGCCUGUUGUUCCCCUAAAGAAACCUUCCAGUGCUGGUUGUUCCAAGCAAUCAAGAACACCUCAUGACCACCGUUCAGUCCCCAAGCAUGCUAAAAUAGAAGAGGAGCCCCAGCAGAAGGUGCUGGAAUUCAAAGAGCCUGAAAGCAAUGAGGAAUUACAGGAGGUGCUACAGUCUAAUACCUCAGUGGAAAAGAUAAUCUUCCUGCAAACCAGGCCUCGCCUGCCAAACACGGCUGCCUUGCUGAGCAGCUGCAUAGAUGGCUACAUCUAUGCCUGGUCCAUCUAUGGGAACGGAGGCUUGCUGGGAAAGUUCCCCGUGGACUUCACAGACAGUGAGGAUGUGGUUGUGGGCGCCAUGACCACUGAUGAAAAUGACUGGAUCCUCCUCACAGGGGAUUGUAAAGGAGACAUCAAGGUAUGGGACAUCAAGGACUACUGCACAUCGACUGACAAGUUAUCAUCUCAAAGCAGCUGGGGAAGGGUAAUCUUUGGAAAAAACAAGUUCCAGUUCUUGAUUCCAAAGCAGGUUCAGAUCAAUGUCCCACGUUACAUCUCCUUGAAGAAAGAAGAGGUUAUGGAUGGCCAGACCAUUUCUCUGGUUCCUCCCAAGCUUCUGGCUGUCUGGAAUGGCCACUCAGAUAGUAUAUCAGACAUCCUGUAUGUGAACAGCCUCCAGGUGGUUCUCAGUGCUGGCUUGGACCGUGACGUCAAGGCUUGGAAAAUCUCCGGUGACGCCAUUGGGACAUUUGGUCUGAGUAUUUGGAAAAGGCUUCAAGCUACCCAGAUGAUUAGUGACCGUGACAUUAUUAAGAAGUUAAAGACCAUCGAUAUGGCCAACAUUGCCCAGAAGUUGACCCCCUCGGAGAUGCAGGAGGAGCAGGAUUUUGCUGCAGCCCUGAAGUACCAGCAGCAGGAGGAGGCAGUGCUCAUGGCUCUUUGGAGAGGGAAGGGGGAUGCAGAGGCUGAGGCCUGGGACAACCUUCGCAAGAUCACCCCGACUUCCCCGUGGCCUGAAGAGCGCUCUCUGGAAGCCAUCGAGGACAGCUGGCGUGAAUGGGAAUCCACAGGGAAGCAAACGAGCAAAGUCGUGGGAGCAGCGUACAAGCCCAAGGAGCAGUGCAGGGCCGGGGGACUGCUGCUUACCCAUGUGCAGUAUGGCUGGAUGAAGUACCAUAUCUCACCCCAGAUUUACCAGAGCCUGCACUUCAACGAGCUGGCACCCACUCAGCUGCCUGAGUUCCUGGAAGAGGGCCUGGACCAGCAGGACAGCUUGAGCCACGUAAUAGCCCACAAAAUGUGGAAAAAGAUGGAUCCUGAUGGGGACUUCGCUGUCCCCACUGUGCCUGCAGCUGCCUCCCCACCCUCCUCCUUGAUCUCCCCCUUGGCCUCAGAGGUCCUGGAUUCCAGCAAAUCCCCUUCCCCCAGACCCCAGUCCUCCCUGUCCUUGCUGCAGUCCCAGCCUAUCCCCACAGCCCACAACACCCCCUCCCUUCUGUCCCCAGGGUCCAUGAAUGUCCUGCAGAGGCCGAUGACCUCUCCUAUCCUCAAACAGUCUCCAAGUCUUAAAGACAUUUCUCUAUCAUGAAGUAAGCACCCCUAGACCCCCUUUGGUUCUGAGAGGCCCAAAGUCCUUUCUAGAUCUCCAGCAAGGUGAGCUGGUCUAAGGAGUCCUGUCUAUUCCUGACAUGUCCCUUGCCAGGUCCAAAGAAGGUGGGCCUCCCCAUGGCUGUUCCUGCCCUGCUGGGAUUGGUGACAUUGUUCUUAUUUGUCAGAGUCUGGGCCAGUAAUAAAUGUGCUCAGAUGUUGGAGUACCAUGGC